AUGACCAACUCGCGCGACUCUCAGCGUUCAAUUUUACCCGAAGAAGAAGAUCUUGUUACAGUACGACCCAAUCGUUCAUGGAACCCACUUGGCCGAGGUCAAUUUUCACCCGAGCCAGAUUAUUCCUAUUUGCUACAUCAUUAUGAGUCCCGCGAAAGCUUCUCCGACGAGGUAUUUCGCGAUGUAGGUUUAGGGAUCUCUAAUGGGUCGGGCGAUGCCUUCCCCGCACGGGGUAAACGAGAUUCAUUUCGCUCGAGCGAGCCUAGUCAACCCAACACCCCAGGCUUUUUGAAAACCCCCCAGAUCCCCACCAUCUCUACACCAGAACACCCGACUAAUUGCCCGAGCCGCUCGACCGUUCUUCAACGAAGAUUUAGUUGGGUGCCCGUUUCUAUCUUCUUGUUAGCGAUCUACGCGACCGCUUUCUCUGGCGUCUAUCUCGCUGUGGCGUUCUGGAAACCUCGAUGGACCCGAGUUGGGAGUGGAGCCCCCGUGGCUGCAUCAACUGCAAAUCUUCUUUGUGCUUUCUUCGCCAAAACAAUUGAGUUGGCCUAUGUCACCAUUUGUGUUGCUUUCUUGGGUCAAGUUCUUAGUCGACGCGCCCUCACCGGAGAAUCUCGUGGCAUCAGCAUAUCCGAUAUGAAUAUGCGCUCGUGGAUCAUGCAGCCAGGGUCAAUGCUAGUGCAUUGGGAAACCCUCCGAUAUUCUGCACUUACAUUUCUGGGCCUUAUGGCCUUGACCUCUUCAAUUGUCGCAAUGUUAUAUACUACAGCAGCUGAAGCGUUGGUAUCACCGAAGCUCAUCAUGGGUCCCAACGAAAAAGCUACACUAUGGGGGAAAGUCUAUGCCAGCUUUGGUAAUCCCGACUAUCUUGCCUAUAACUGCCAAACGCCCAUCCCGGAAUCAAUGGAUUUGAAGGCAAGAAAUGACACAUGUCUUCAAAUCGAACAUGCAGGGACAGCAUAUCACAAUUACCAACAGUGGAUCACCACCUGGAGCAACCUGGUCGACCAGGGUAACACCUCUGAUCGAUUGGACAAACGCCCAAAACCGACAGGUUCAAUAUGGGAUAAUACGACAGUGACCGGAAGCUGGAUCGAGAUUCAAGAUAUAACUGAGUUAUCAAAGAGGCACAACCGUAUGAUCAACAAUAUUACUAUGGCAUUCCCGCAUGGUGGUAUACCCGGCGCAGCUAUGGACCAGAAAAAUAACAUUCACCAGCCAAAACAAUCGUCUGGCGAAGGCCAAUAUAUCAUCGAAGCAUCCGUUCCCUCCCCUGCCGUGAAUGUGCUUUGCGUUGGUAUGUCCGAGGAUGAAUUGUCACCGCUCGUUUACUCCUCAUGGCCAAACGCCAAUUUCAGCGCCACGACCUGGAGCGUAUCAGCAGCGCCAGAUAUCCCACAAUAUCCGUCAUGGAUUAAUAGCACAGUCGUUGAUUCCAUCUUUGGGUUUGGUGAAAAAUAUGGCCAGCGGCCCCCGGUCUUUGGCACAUUCCCACAAAUACACAAUACUAUCACCAACACCACCGGCCUUUGGUCUGCAAAUGCGGUUUAUCUCGUCGGCAAGCCUUCGGUGCCUAACCCCGAGUAUGUGAUGUGUGCAAUUCGCGCAAAGGAAACUGGUGUCUGCUCGACACGCUAUGAUGCGGAAUCAAGUGGAGCACUUCUCUCCACACAUUGUGAAGAUACCUCCAACGAUCUUCAAUACAACCGCCAUGAUCCCAGUUUUAUUGAGGGCGAGUGGUCUUCAGACUGGAAGAAUGUUGCGACAGAAUGGGCCAACGCACUGAGCUUGGGAUCUGGCAUUACGAACUCUCAGGCUAGCAAUGAACGUUUAAUCAUGCAGAUGAUGCCUUCACACGACAACGCAACAGACACGUAUACUCUUAAUCCGGCCUUGCCAUCUAUAGGCGAGGCGCUUGCUGUCAUGGUAGGAAGCACGUUGAUCCUCAGUACCCAAAGUGCGCCAUUUGUGCAGGGAUGGAACUACACGAAUACCCCAAAUGAUAUCCUCACUACUCCCACAUACCAGCACUUUAAAGCCACAUUGCAAGCGGUAGGGUAUGCCUCUGGCGGCACGGAGAAAUGGCAAGGGGCUUUUUAUGUAGUCCUGAUAUUUGCCUUCCUCACCAGCGCAAUAUGCUUGGUUUUUAUGAUCAUCGAAGCCCGCGGGCAUCAAAUCACUGAUUUUACAGAGCCACAGAACCUAUUCGCUUUGGCGGUUAAUAGUCCACAAAGUUCUCGACUCAGAGGUGCUUGUGGUUGUGGUCCAGCUGGGAGUCAAAUGAAGGAACGGUGGUUCAUUGGGAUGGAAGAGGCCGACGAGCAUUAUUAUAUCCGUUCCAAAGCGGAUGGGAUUAAUAGUCACGGCAUAUCAUCUGGCUAUUCUCAGCUUCAUCCCAUGGAUAUCGAGGAGCCAGGCACAAAACCUGUCAGCCCGGCUGUUAACGAGUUUAGGAAAAUUUCCAAACGAGGGUCAUGGUUGGCGAAAUUUUAUUAG